ACAAAUAUCGUCGCCUUUGUUGCGUCAUCAAAACGCGCCAAUCUUCAGUGUAAAUAGCGAGCGGGCAGAGGGCGCAAUAUGGAAAACACUCCAGAUAUUUAUGAACACUUCAGCGUUAUAUAAAUCAUAGCGUUGAGCAAUAAUAACAUAAAUCUUUUAUAAUGUUGACCGCUUACGUUCCGAUCAUUGUUCUUUAGCUAUCAGGUAGGAAUUUAUCUGGAACCAGCAAUAUUUUGAAAACAUCAAAGCCUAUAUUUAGGUUUAAUAGACAUGUAGGGCUAUCCUGACAUUUCGACUGACUGUUAAUGUAAGUUAGUCUAAUUAAAUGUAGCCGGUGUUGAAUAAUAAAAGCAUGAUGAUAUAGGUAAUUUUUUAAGGGCUGUAGAAACGUCGACGUUUGGAAAUUCUGGAGAACUAAAGCAAGAUGGUUUUGUCUUUGGUGGAGCUCUGCGCUCGGGAGGUGGUCAGUGACCACAGCUCUUCGCCGUGUUGGUUAAGCUGUGUACCGAGGGAGCUCUACCGACCGCUGCUGGAUGCCGCUUUCACCCACUGCCGUCCUCUAGCCGUCGGCGAGCUCGUCCAGCGGUGGCCUGAACGGGUACUGGUCGUAGGAGGUGGUAGGAAACGGGGCCAGUGCUCGCCGAACCGUCUGUGCGUUCAAGCGCUGCUGUUGGCAGUGGUCAGGGGAUUGACGAAUAAGAGCUGUUGCCUGCAGGUGCUGGAUCUUAGUGGACUUCAGUGUGAGGAUGGGAGAGCUGAAGACUCAAUGGGUGGAUGGUCUCUCACUGUUGCCCUUUGCUCAAUGGUGCUUCAAGCUCGAGCUGCUGCCUCCAGGGCUCACAAGAGAGAAGGAGAAAGAGAAAGAAAAAGAGGACUAGUAGGUGAACGUGAGAGGGGUGGCACUGUAAAGCGAGACCGUGAAGGAGGUGAGAGAGGACACCGAGAAGAAAAGUUAGGGAAGAUGGAAUGCAGAAGUAAUGGAGAGAACAGCAUCAGUCACAGUAAACUGAUGUUACCAGAAGAAGAGUCUGUAAAGGGUGUCAGGAGAAGAAUGGAAAUUCAGAGGAAAAAGUCAUCAUCCAUGUUGAACGUCAGUAAUGGUGGUAGUGGUUUAUCUAACCAGGACUGGGACGAAGUAGUGGUUGUUCAUGUCAGGGCUGACCUUUUUGUCAAUGCUCGUUCUUGGGAACGUGUUCGUGAUGCCCUUAGUCACCUCUGCCCUGUGAGGCUCCACUGUCGCUACCUCCGUGUGGAAGAACUCUUGGCCUCCUCCAUAGCUUCCUUAUUGGGCCUCCUGCCUCAGCAGGAUCUUCUUGGUGUAGACAUCCGCUACUCCAGCCUUGGGGUGUCGGGUCUGGCCAUGCUGCUACCUCUCUUUGCUCCCUUUCCUCAGCUCUACUCUCUAAGACUACAUUACUGUAACUUGGACUUGCAACGCAGACAGCCUGGCCAGCAGGGGGCGCUUGAAGACAUGUCUAAAGGACUGGGUUCACUGAAGAGACUUAAGAAAUUAUGCCUAACUGCUCUCCGACUGCCAGGACACCUGCGUUUGCUGCUUAGUGCUCUUUCCCAGCCUCUGGAGGUGCUGGAGCUGCCAUACCUGUGCCUGACCUCAGCCGAUCUGGCGUACCUCUCCUGCAGCCAGCAUGCUUCAUUCUUAAAGGAACUUGACCUGAGUGAGAACUUGCUCGAUGAAUCGUCUCUCCCCUCUCUGCGCCGUCUUUUAGCUCAAGCUGAAAGCUCUCUGUCCCAGCUUUCGCUCUGUGGUUGUGGUCUCUCAGACGCGCUCAUGGAAGCACUUCUGCCCUCCCUUUCCUGCUGUCGGGUUUUACGUAGCUUAAGACUGGCCUUAAACCCGCUCUCUAGGACAGGACUGCUUUCCCUGGCACGUACAGCUGCAGGUAUCCCCUCCCUUCGUCUUCUGCUUUAUCCCAGUCCAUUAGAGGAAUAUGAGCCUGGUCUGCCGGCUCUCCCCUCCAGUGCUCAGCUGCUGGACUGGCCUCUGAUGGAGGAAACCGAGGGCAGAGAUUUGACACUGAGACUGCUGGACGAGGUUCUGAGCAUAAGAGGCCGCUCCAGUGAUCUUCUUGUGACCUCUGACCUCCUGAACUAUAGCCCAGAUUUGACAGUGGAUGAUUAGAAUGGCUGUUUUAUUUGUAGUCGAAGCAGGCAUAUCUGUCAGUGCUCUAAAAUGCUGUGAAUCUCCAAGGGCCCUUAUAAAGCUUGACUAUCAAAGCUUAUUGUUUUUAUCCUGGUUGCCAAGUUUCAUGAGUACUGUAAAAAUUCCUUGCUGCACUUAAAUGUUUAAGUUUUAACAACUUGAAUUAAUUUAAAUUAUAAAAUAAAGCUGUAUUUCAACUUUAUUUUUUAAAUUUAUACCAACUCCUUACUAGUUAAAAAAAAUU